UGGUCUUCAUUUUCAAAUUGCCAUGGAAAUCUGUUACUCUAUGUUCAUCGCUCCUUUUACAACAAUUUUAAGCUUUUCCACCUUACUUGUUUUCAUCACUUUUGCUUUGUGUCACCUCUUUAAGCUUCAAUGGCAGCGCAAUGCCCAAAAGCCUAAACUGCCCUCUCUUCCGCCAGGCCCUAAACCUUGGCCUAUUGUGGGAAACCUCCCUGAAUUAAUCAUAAACAAGAAGAAAACUUCGGUUUCUCAUUGGAUACACAGUUUCAUGAAAGAAAUGAACACCGAAAUUGCUUGUAUUCGUCUAGGAAAUGUUCAUGUGAUUCCCGUUACUUGUCCUGAAAUCAGUCUCCAAUUCAUGAGAAAACAGGAUGCUAUUUUUGCUUCAAGACCCCUUACCAUGGCCACUGAUGUCCUCUCAAAAGGGCACUUAACCACUAUUUUUUCACCCUUAGGAGAUCAGUGGAGAAAAAUGAAGAGAGUCAUGGUUAGCGAGAUGCUUUCACAUGAAAGACAUCGAUGGCUGCACGAGAAAAGAGUUGAAGAAGCUGAUAACCUCGUGCGUUACGUACUUAACCAAUGCAAAAAUGGUGAUGAAGGCGGCCUAGUGGACUUAAGACUGGUUGCCCGACAUUAUUGUUGCAGUGUGAUGAAGAAGUUGAUCUUUAAUCGAGGAUACUUGGGAGAAGGGAAAGCAGAUGGUGGACCUGGUUUUGAGGAAGAAGAAUACGUCGACGCCAUUCUCGCUUUAGUCAUUCAUCUUUAUUCCUUUUGUAUAUCUGAUUACUGGCCAUUUUUGAGAGGCCUCGACCUGGAGGGGCAUGAGAAAAUCGUGGAGGACGCAACUAGGGUUCUAGAGAAAUAUAACAAUCCCAUUAUUGAAGACAGGAUUCAACAAUGGAGAGAUGGCAAGAAACAUGAACCUCAAGACUUGCUUGAUGUUUUGGUUUCUUUAACGGAUGACAAUGGUACCCCACUACUGUCCGCGGACGAGAUUAAAGCUCUAGUUAAUGAAAUUAUGGUUGCUUCAGUGGAUAAUCCAUCCAAUAACUUAGAAUGGGCACUUGCGGAGAUGUUAAAUAAACCAGAGACGCUACAAAAGGCCAGAGACGAAUUAGAUACUGUGGUUGGAAAACAUAGGUUAAUACAAGAAUCUGAUGUCCCACAACUUAACUAUACUAAGGCAUGCGCCAGAGAAGCCUUUAGACUCCAUCCUGUUGCACCAUUUAGCCCUCCUCACGUGUCCGUGACUGAUACAACAGUGGGCGACUACUUCAUCCCUAAGGGUAGCCAUGUGAUAGUUAGUCGGAUUGGGCUUGGUCGAAACCCUAAAGUUUGGGACGAGCCAGGCGAGUUCAAGCCAGAACGUCACCUCCAGGAUUGUAAUAAAGGCGAAGAAGUGGUGCUUAAAGAGCCAGAUUUGCGGUUGUUUACAUUCGGUAGAGGAAGGAGAGGGUGCCCUGGAGUGGUGCUUGGAAGCUUGAUGACUACCAUGCUGUUUGCGAGGCUAUUGCAAGGAUUCGAUUGGAGCAUCCCGACUAACCAGGGAACCAUUGAUCUUUGUCCAGGAAGGGGAGUUCCCUUUCUGGCUAAACCACUGCUUGCUGUUGCAAAGCCACGAUUGCCACCGCAUGUCUACUCUUUUUCAACUGAAAGUGAAAUACAGUGCUUAACUUCUUGACGAAGAUGGGGGUUGGCAAGGGAGACCUGUUUGUGGCUUGGUUCUAAUGAAAUUGUUUUUAUCCCUAGUAUAUAUUUCCCGAUGUAGCUUAUUUCGGUGUUUGUAUGGGGUGUACUCACUUCAGCAACUUCUUAUGUAUUGUUUUCUCAUUAAUAAAAAUGGAUAAGCAGUUAGUAGCUUAUGUAUUGCUUUCCAUGCAACUUCAUCAAUGCACAUGAUAAAGUUUUUCAUUCGAGCUUUCCA